UUGUAUUCGAUAUUGACCCUCUAGGCUCGGGCAUCGUGAACAUCCAUACAUCCAUCCCACGGAAACAAAUCUAUUUGAGAUUCGUCUUCCCUUCUUUAAAAAUCCACUUAUACGUACUCAACAUUCGACGAUCACGAAAACUCAUCCUUCCGUCUUAUCAAUCCAUACAUUAACUUAACCAGGUACUCAUCAUCAGCACUUAUUAAUAAGUUUACCCAAGUUUAGGAAAUUUAGGAGUCCACGACAAGACGAUUGACCAUGCCGGGAAAACAACCCAAUUUAUUCGCCUUCAACGACGUUGAAGCUCUUGCGCCAGCUCUACGAUCCUACAUCAUCACAUGUCAAAACGCCGGAAUUACGCGCCAUGGCGUAUUUAAAGUUGCCGUUUCUGGCGGUUCCCUACCCAACACACUCGCAAAAGCUCUCCUUGCGCCCCCUAAAUCCGACGACCUGGCAGUAAAAUUCGACAAGUGGGAGAUAUUCUUUGCCGACGAAAGAGCCGUACCCCUCGACCACGAGGACAGCAAUUACGGAUUAAUCAAGAUGGAGCUAUUGGACAAGAUUCCCCCUGAGUUGGGACAACCUACCAUACACCCAAUCGACACCCAGUACCUAGAUGAUACACAAGAGCUAGCCGAUCAAUACGAGAAGACGCUAGUCAACUCAUUCGCUAAAGGGGACUCCGUCAAACUUCCUAUUUUCGACCUACUGCUUCUGGGCUCUGGUCCCGAUGGCCACACCUGCAGUUUGUUCCCGGGCCACCCUCUUCUCCGCGAAACGGAUGCUUGGGUGGCGCCUAUUGAGGAUUCUCCCAAGCCGCCACCCCGACGGAUUACGUUAACGUUGCCUGUCGUCACCCACGCUGUUAAGGUCGCUUUCGUCGCUACUGGUGCUGCAAAGAAGGCUAUCAUGAAGGAAAUAUUCGAGCAAGGAAACGGUCUCCCCUGCGCUCUAGUCAACGAAGCAACAGGAGAACGAUGCAGUUGGUUCACAGACAACGCCGCUGUAGAAGGCGUCAGUUUUCCUCGACGUGGAUUCCUAUAGGAAUGAGCUGUGGCAAUGGGG